AUGGCGACCGCCCUACAAUCCCCAAAUAUCACUGCAGGUCUUUGCCUUUCUCAGGGCGAUUUCGAGAACUCCUUUAAACCCGACCACCAUCAUCUACCCACCAAGCAGAUUCACGUUUUUGAACGAGACGACGUGCUCGACGGCCACUGUGCCCCAGUCGACCUCCACGACAUUGGAGGAGGCCGCAUCUUCGUGAGGGACCCUCCGUUCGCAGGAUUACUCGCCCAAAACCAUUCUAGAAGCUUGGCACACAUAUACAUCACGACUCAAGCGAUCACUUCAUUCGUGACACCCAGUUCCCCUAUGGCAAAGAAACGUCGUUCCUUGCAGUCGAUACUUAUCCCCUCUUUCUUACAUUCACCCCCUUCGAGCGUUCCCCCGACCCCCUCGACCCCGUCUACCCCAGAGCUUCGACCAUCUCGGGCCCGUUCCCAUUCAGAACUCAUAUACCACCCUCCUCUAGAUGACGCCGCUUCACGAGCCUCCCCCACGUUCCUGCUCGAUGAUGACCCCUUUGCUAAUCUGUCCACUGCUGCCACCCAAGUCACUUCUUCCUCUGACGCGAAGGCGCCUCUCGCGUCCACCGUUUCUACUCGAGUUACCCCGCGUUCACCUCUCUCUCCAUGUCCCUCUGAAUCCGCGAACCGACUAGCGUCACCCGUCAGGUCGUCCCCCGCGACAAUGAGUUCGUUCCCUAGAACACACCUCACUCAUCCUGCGCACAAACGACCCGCUUUUGCCCCUCGCCCUUCUCUUCCUUCCCUACACGCGUUAGCUCAGAUGAACGCGCCCCUUGUCUUACCUAGAAAGCAUAGGAAAGGUAAAGUUGGUGCGCGCCUUCCAUUCGAACCUUGGGAAUUGGGGUCUUCAAUCUCUGAGUUUGCCGAGAUGGUGCCAGGGCCCCCUUCGUCCAUGCUUUCGCCCCGCGGGCAGGACUUUACAACUGACCUUGACACCGAUUUCUUGGACUUUACGGACGACAACGACGGAGAUGAUGACGACUUUGACGACUUUGACGACCCAACCGUGGAGCCGCAUUUUUCUGCCAGCUUCGAUGUGAACAACGAACACUCCUUCCAGAUACAACCACUCUCACAGGAACAUCUGGAUGUUUCCCCCGAAAGCCUUUCUGGUGCCGAUUCUUCUUCCUCCCUCUCAAGGUCCUCUUCCUCCAGCCGUUCUUUAUCCUCCAGCUCGUUGUCGGACUCAGAGGACCGCAUCUGCCGGGACUCCCAGUCGCGACACAGCACUUCUCGUCGAUCUGAUGACUUCAAACACAGUACAUCCGGACAACCACACUCAUCUUCUGCUGAGAGCGACAGCGACAUCCCGAACUCCCCUCCAGACGAGAGCUACUUCAUCUUCCCGCGAUCGUUGUCUCCAGAUUGCUUGUUGGUUGAUGAGGAUCACGAAGAGCUUGAUGGCGUUGGAUAUGAAAUUGGCAGCGGGGUGGAUGUGCCAUAUCAUGGUCUGGAUCGCACGCCUCAUCAUUCGAUCUAUUUUCACCACUCAAAUUCACUGAGCAUGGGCAGCACUGACGCCGCGGCAUUCGAGCCAGGCUCGUCGGAAGGUACUAUCCGCGGUAGCUCAUUCCACGCUUGGGCAUUAUCUCGAGGCCGCCGACACUCAAACAAGUGGAUGACUGGCGACGACGACGGCGAGAUGGUCGAGGGAUCGGAAUGGCAGGGCGGACAGAACGGUCAUUACUCGUCCAAUGGGAGCACAGGGUAUUACGGAGGUAAUAGUGGCUAUGGGAGAGCUUCUGGCCGUAGCAACGGUGGAUUUGGCGGAGGUAGUAACUGGGGAAAUGGCGGCGAUGAUGGUGAUGACCGACGCGGGCGUCGUGGGCGUGAGGGUCAUGGACACCAUACUGACCCGACCUCGGGGUCUGAAGAGGAACAAAGCGAGUCGGAGGAUGAUUAUGGUGUUCCAUCGGCUUCCCAGUCGAAGAAGACCGUACCCAAUGAUUACUCGGCGUCUGACGACGAUGUGCCUCUCGCCCAGCGCAUUCCCACCGCACUUAGGGCGCAGAAGACUAUACGAAGGAAGGUAAAGGAGGAGAGAGACCAACGCCGGCGCGAAAGGGCCGCAAAGGCAGCGUUGAAUGGGGAACUCCAUCCGCCUCAUCCUCGCACCCCCUUGAGCCCCGCUGGGCCUUCCGGACCCCAUACAGCAGUAGAUUCCCAAGAGUCCAAUGUACAAACGCGAUCGGGUCGCAUGCGGACCAUGACCAUGCCCAGCAAUAGCUCCAGGCCGUUUGCAGUUGACGAUUUAUCCAAACGACUGGAGGCCAUGCAAAUACCGGAACCCCAAACGCGCAUCGAACGAGCUCGUUCUAAGUCUCGGACCCGGAUCCCCUCUCCUGACCACAAUCCUCUCCCGAUGCCAGAGAUGCCGCAACUUCGUCGUUCGAAAUCUAGACACCCUUCCCCAGAUAGGAAUCCGUUACCCACCCACGAGCCAGGCCGGACUUUACGGCCGAUGAGAUCAUUUCAUAGAACGGAGACGCGACCGUUGGUCGAUCGCGCCGCUCCACCGAUUCCAGUCGAACAUCAGAAGCUAGCAAGAAGUAAAACUGAGGGCCGGUCCCGGCGCCGCGACGACCUGACUGUCGAACAUGGCGUCAAGUCUAAGUCUCUCAAUAUGCAAGCAACGGAAACUCCGGAUAUCGACCAGUUCGCGAGAGGACGUAGACAAGAUGAAGGACAAUCGACGACGGUCCAUCUCAGUGCACGACAACGAUCGGUUAGUCGACCAUCCAGGCCGUCAAUGGAUCGGGAUGCAUACCCUGUCCCUAGGAAAAGUCUACAACGCCAGACCCCUUCACCCAUCCCACCACUUCCUCUGGCCGACAUAAAGACCACUGUUAUCACUCAGCAGCGCGUUUUCAUCGGCGACAUGCAAUCAUUUAACACCGUUGAAAUCUCGUCAAACACCACUGCUCAAGACGUGCUUGACAUGGUGAAGGCCCAAGGGUCCCUCAAGCAAUUCGUAGGUUCGGGUGGCUGGAUGCUCUUCGAAGUGGCUCAGGAUUUCGGCAUGGAACGCCCCAUCAGAAGCUUUGAAUUACUGGCCGAUGUUCAGGCAUCGUGGAACAAGGAUAAGAUGGUCAACAUGUUUGUGAUCAAGAUGACGUCGUUGACUGGCAUUUUGUCUCGUUCGAACAUUCCUUCCAGCUCGCCAAUGCACUCUGGUUGGGUAGAGUGGGAAGCCAAACGUGGCAAGUGGACGAAAAGAUGGAUGCAACUUCGAGAGCACAGCUUGUGGUUGUCAAAGCGUGAUUCGGGCAAAGACGAGACUUUCCUUUGUUCACUGUCAAAUUUCGACGCAUACGCUGUUACUCGCGUCCAUAAGGCUCCUAAGCCCUAUGUUUUUGCGACGAAGUCUACCGACAAUCUCUCAUUCUUUGAGAACACGGCAGACUACCUGCACGUCUUUUCGUGCUCGCAAAAGGACGGUGAAAAAUGGAUGGAGGUUAUACUUCUUGCUCGGUCAUAUGUUUUAUACCAGGAAAAGAAUGUUCUCUUCAAUCCCAAAGCCGGAUCUUCUACAAGCGGCACGGGGUUGUCUCGAAGCGGCACCCGAAAGACUCCCUCUGGCCGCACAGGUCAGACUUUCGUCGAUGUCAGUUCGCAAGAUGUAUUUGUUCCAGGUUCCCUCUUGCAUAGAAAGUCUUGA